AUGUCUGUGGAUGCUGGGCCCCGGCUGGCUCAGCCCGUCUUCACCAGCCCCACUCGGUUGGUAUGUGCAGAAGGUUGGGGUGGCUCCUCUGCAACCGUGUGGAAACGGCAGCAAAAGCCUACACCACCAUUCCACGCUCCCGUGGUCUUCUACGUGGAGCCUGGGACUCGCGCCGCGGGCAAUCUGCCCCGACUGGGCCCUUCUGAGCCGAGCCCGCCCGAUUCUCCACCCGCAGCGGUGCUGGUCCUGGCCGGAUACCGCGCGUAGGAGGAGGAUGAGCCGAGUCUGGCACCCGGGGACGUGGUCCGGCAGGUGUGCGAGGGGCCCCCACGCGGCUGGCUGCGAGGAGAGCUGGGGGGCCGUUGCGGCCUCUUCCCCGACCGGUUGGUCCAGGAGAUCCCGGAGACUCUUCUCAGAGCUGGGGAGACGUCGAGACCGCGCUGUGCGCGCCGCCGAGGUCGCCCCACCAAAUCUUGGGGCCCCCAAAGAUGGUGCAAAGUGAACUUCAGCUACAAUCCGGAGCAGGCAGACGAGCUGAGUCUGCAAGUUGGGGAGAUUGUGGAAGUGAUAAAGAUUGAGGACGGCUGGUGGCUGGGAGCCUUUCCAUCCAACUUUGUGGAGUUGCUGGACAGUGGGCCCCCAAGCCUUGGUAACCUAGACAUGCCUUCAAUCAGCCCUGGGCCCCAGCGGCCUCCCGAGCUGAGCAGCCUGACCUAUAACAGCCCUCCAGACUACCUGUGGACAGUCUCUCAUCCCAAGACCAACAGGGUCCUGUUUGACUACCAGCCCCAGGCAGACGAGCUGGCACUGUGGAGGGGGGAUGAGGUGGAAGUACUGAGGAAGAUCACAGAGGAUAUGGGCUGGUGGGAAGGAGAGUCGCAAGGAAGAAGAGGAGUUUUCCCAGAUAACUUUGUGCUCCUGCCACCUCCAGUGAUGCACAGAUCCCCAAGGCAAGUGGGAUCUCAGGAAUCAGCUCCGAUUAAGGAACCAAAAAUGAUGAUGCCCAAAACAGCCCUCCCUGGAGUCAAGGAACUGGUGACAGCCACCACUGGGCCUGGCAAAAUCAGGCCAUCUUGGACACCCAGUGGAGACAGCUGGAAGCGCCCCUCCAGAGACUGGCUCCAGUGGGAUCCCAGGCUGCCCUGGCAGAAGGCGAUUCAAAAUGCAGGCUUCUGGGCAGUGCCUCACAGCUGGUCAGGUGAGAGAUGUGCAAGGGGGAAGGAUCCUGGACCAAGGGGAGCCAGACUCAAACCAUCAAGGCACCUGCCCUCAGCUGAGACCUCACACCCAUCACCACAGGAGAAAGAGCAGAGAAGCCUAGCGAAAAUCCCUCCUGCAACUAAAACCCUGACUCUGGACAAGACCCCGAGCCCAGAGAAGCCCCUGUCUCCAGAUAAGGUGCCCAGCCCAGAAAAGACUCUCUCUUCAGAUAAGGCCCCCACUCCAGAGGGAACCCUGAGUGCAGAUAAGGUUCCUACCCCAGAGGAGACCCUGGAAUUCAAGGCCCCAGCCCCAGAGACCUCCCUGACUCUGGACAUGCACUUGUCUGUGGGUGAGGCCCCUGGCCCAGAAGUCCCACCUGAAGGUGAAGGCCCUGGUCCAAAGUUGGCCCCUCCUGUGGACAAGUCCCCACCACUAGAAAAGAUUUUGACUCCAAAGCAGGUGUUCUCUGAAGAGGCCUUCACCAUAGACAGCACUCAGUUCCAUCACUUCUAUCUGGAGGAAACCCUACUGACUGUCCUGUCUCGUGUGGCCAGUGAGGCUCAAUCCCAAGAGGAGCAACACCCUUCGGUGAGGAGGAAGCUCCCACUACAGUCUAAGUCCAAGCCAGGGUGCAUGCCUGCUUUGGAGAAAGUGCACCCCCAGGAAGAGUCUACAACCCUCCCUGAGAAGGGGCCUGUGAAGUAUGCACCCCCAGAACAAGAGGAGGUUCCCAAAGGGGAGGUGACCCCCAAAGAAGUAGCGCCUGCUCAAAAGAAUCCACAUGUUAUCAAGCCAAUGCGGGAACCCCAAGAGACUACCAUCCUCCAAUCCCUGGUCCCACAAAAUCCCACGGAGAGCAAAAGUGGCAGGGACGACAUCGUAAGGCUACAGGAAGAGGUGCAGUCUUUAAGGAGGCCGCUGGAGCUGAUGGGGGUGCAGCUGGAAGGGAAACUGGUCGACAUCUGGGGGGAGCUGAGAAGGGAGAGGGAGAAGCGCCUGCUGCUGGAGGUUUACAGGACGCGGAGGACCCAGGAGGCCUGGGCCGGGGCUCGGUGCACGCGCAGACGCAGACUCCCUGAGCGUGGGCCCGGGAGGGACACGGAGGGAAGUCUGGCUCCGGUCACCCGCGUCCUUACACACGACUCUGGGAAACUCAAGAAAAUAAACUCUGCAGUGUACGCGCGCACCGCGCCUGCCUGGUCCGGGCGGGGGCGGGGGGCGGGGCCGGCUGGCGCUCCGGGCCCUCCGCAUUCCUGCAGCCUCUCCCGGGCACAUCUGGCCAACAUGUGGCUCCCAUUACGGUUCCCAAGGCUUGCGCGCGGCUAUUUUUAUCCACCGGAUGGCUGGGGGUGGGGAGUGGGGGGUGUCUCCUUCGGACGCCAGCCCGGCGCUGGAGAAAUGGCCGGCAGGAGGGGUCCAAGUAGGGUCGGGCUCUGCCCGCGGGCGCGGAUUCCGGAAUCCAGCUGUGCGCAGAGGGGCCGCGAGGGCCUGCUCUGGAGCCCCGACCCCUCCUAGUUGGCUCCACUGUCCGCUCCGAAGGACUCACAGGAACGCACCUUGGCUCAGACACUGUCUCCACAACCCAGCUCAGGCACACGUAAUCACAAUGGGGCGAGUAGCGCCUUAGCGUUGUGGUCAGAGCCCUGAGGCCUGGGGUGAGGUGGGGGAUGAGGGUGAAUGCAAUGAUGCGUGGACCCAAGGUGUUUGUAAGGACCGGGGCAAGUGCGCCCAGGCGUUUCCUGGUAAAGAAUGCAUUUGUAGAAGUAGAAUCUGCUUCCUUGGGUUGUCUGGAGUCUGUGGCCCCAGCCCUAAAUGCCAGCAGCACCCCUGUCCUGACAACCAGCCCCACCCCAAUUCCUCACCCCCAUUUGGACACACAGGAUUCUGCCCUCGUGGAGCUCGA